ACUUGAAGUGGGUCAGUCCCAUAGACAGUAUAUACACCAUGAUUUACCCACAUGUUAAAAAAUCCCAAUUUCACAGCAGCAUGUUUACAUCCUGGUACAAAAAAAAAGGUUUUUGUACUUAUAGCUAAUUUCCCCCUUCUUGCCAUCUGUAUGGGGGUGCAUUUUUUUAAUAACUUACCAUGGACUCGCCGUUUAAAUAAGCAAUUAACUACGUAUUCACCUCGGUGACGUAAUUCUUUGGCGACAGAAGUGCUCCUUCCGUAGUCUUUUUACUUGUUUACAUGCCUAUGCUGAGCAGAGUUUUGUGAAGAUGACGGACCAGAAAGCAGAAAAUAGCAGCUCUAUCCCCAUCGAUGGGUUCAGCAAUUUAAGAAUUACAUCGAUAUGGACAUUUCUCUUGUCUGUGCAGUGGUCGGAGCCUUGGCUAAUCGGGCUGUUAGUGUUUCAUGUUGUGUGUUUGUUUCUAACCGUGGUGACGUGCAGGUAUUACAGAGCUCAGAUAUGUCACUUCCUUCUCAUGGUUGGCUUGGUGUAUAGUGCUGAAUAUCUAAAUGAGCUGGCAGCAAUGAACUGGAGGUCCUUUUCUAAUUUCCAGUACUUUGAUUCCACGGGCAUGUUUAUAUCUUUGGUCUACUCUAUUCCUCUUCUGCUGAAUACAAUCAUCAUUGUGAUGGUGUGGGUUCACAGGACCUUUUCCACUAUGACCGAGCUGAAGACACUCCAGCUCAAGCGAAAGGCCCGCCGAGAGAAGAGAGAAAAGAAUGACUGAUCCCUCUUAUUAUGUCCAAAAAUGGGCUUCAUUGGGAGGAAUAACAAUCUGUGUCUCUGAAAUGCUAAUCCUGACUUUUGGCAGAUUCCUUCUUGUGACCGUACAAAAGAUUGUUCGUUGAUGUCGGUCAGGCCUGGGUGUCUGUUUUUUGGUAGCGGCUUUUGAAAGAUGCCGCUGAAUGUACUGUACACUAUGACAUAAAUGAGGACCAAAGGACAUUUACUGUUUUGUAUUUAAUGUUGUUUUAAAGUGUGUUAAACUGCACAAUGAAAAAAAGCAGUGCUUUACAUUUAAGACCACAGAAGGGCGCUAUAUGGAUCAUGGAGAAGGAAAGAAAUAACUUUGUCAAGAACCUUUGUACUAUAUGGCGUCAUGAUGUUGUCAUCGGCAUAAAUCCAUGACUGAUCAUUAUCAAUCCAUUGAUUUUAGGAGUAGGAGAGUAAAUAUUGACAACAAUUCUGAGUCCUGCCUUUGCAUUUUUAAAGUUUGCUCACAGGAAACCAUGAACCAUUUACUUCAUUCAACAAACCCUCAACAGGCUAUUGCGGGCUAAACCCACAUCAAGUGAAUUCAUGUUAUGCUCGUUUAACUGGCUUUGUAUCCUAGAAUCAGUUGAACUUGUCUGGCAGCUUUCACACAGUGUGGGGAGGGGGGGGGAUUGGAGGAGGAAGUAAGGUCCUAUGACCCGGCACAGUCCUCCACGUGAGAGGGGUGGCUGUUCAUAAUACUGGGCUAAGGCCUUUUCCACAGCAUACAUUUUGACUCAUCCUACUAGGAAAAGCACAGGUGUCACUCAAAACAUUAACAAUAGCUCUGUUUUAUUCAUGUGUCAGUGUGCCAGCAUGCACAAGACCCCGAGACUGAAGCAGCUAAAUGGAAUUUAACCAUCAUUCAUUUUAUUAUUUACACAUGUGCUUUUCCUGUUGUGACUUGUCAAAAUGUCCAAUGAAAAAGGCUUUUAUAUCUUUAGGACUUUGCAGGACCCCACACAGUCACAGUCCAACACCGGUCCUCAUCCUGUUGGGAGUUUACACCCAGACUUGAUUCCCCAAAAGUUAAAUGCUCCACCGUGCAUUGUAGUUUUUCUUCUCUGUCGCAUACGCAGCUUUGAGCCAGCUGUCCGCCACAUAUUCCUCUUGA